AUGACAAAGAAAAGAAAACGCACGUCCAAAGUGUGGGAUGACUUCAAAGAGAUCAUUGAUGUAAAAGGAAAUGUGAAAGCCGAAUGCAUUCAUUGCAAGACACGGCUAUCAGUCAACAAGACUGGUUGUACAACUCACUUGGCUAGACAUAGUGCCAAAUGCACUGCUAAACAAAUUCACAGCACGAAAGGCCAACAAAAUAUCAGCAUCACAAUGUCUAUGGCUCAGAAGGAAGCGGUGAGCUCUGUCACUAAUUUUAAGUAUGACCACUCAAAGAUCAGAGAGGUACUUUCACACAUGAUUAUUGUGCAUGAGCUUCCAUUUCGAUUUCCUGAAUAUGAGUUAUUUAAUUUGUUGAUGAAGAGCGCCACUCCCCUAUAUAAUAAGAUUAGUCGUGCAACAGCAAAGAAGGAUUGUUGGGCCUCUUAUGAGUUGGAGAAGAAGAGAUUGAUGAACGAAUUGAAAGGUGUUAGUAGAGUAAGUGUGACUACAGACCUUUGGACAUCAGAUCAAAAUAUUUCAUAUAUGGUUGUCACGGGUCACUAUGUGGAUUCAAAUUGGAAUUUACAAAAGCGCACUUUGAACUUUUGUGAUAUUCCACCACCACAUACGGGAGUCGUGAUUAGUGAUGUGCUGCAAAGAUGCUUUCGAGAGUGGGGUAUUGAGGAAAAAGUUUGGACAAUCACUGUGGAUAAUGCUUCCAACAAUGAUGUAGCUGUUCGGAUAUUGAAAGAAAAUCUCUUGUUCAGACACACUUUACCUCUUGGUGGUCAAAUAUUUCACGUGAGAUGUUGUGCGCACAUUCUUAAUCUUUUGGUCAAAGAUGGAUUAUCUUCUAUUCAGGAUGUGAUCUCCAAAGUGCGUGAAAGUGUGAAGUAUGUGGCAGCAUCAGAGGCACGUGUGAUCAUGUUCGGUGAAAUUGCAAAGCAGUUGGAAUUAUCUUCGAAGAAACUUGUCUUGGAUUGUGUAACAAGAUGGAAUGCAACAUAUUUUAUGUUGUCAUGUGCUUUGGAGUUCAAAGCCGUUUUUCCAAGAUAUUAA